AUGACUGAUGAAAAACAUUCACUCCACGAUGGAAGCCAAUCAAGUGACGUUAAGUCAAUUGAUAUUUAUGAUGAAAAUUUCCAUUUAGUUGAAAAGCAAAGAAAAAUUUUCCUUGCAAUUUGUGGUGUUUUUAUAAGUGAAUUAAAUGGAACAGACCUCGACAUUUAUACAAACACAAAAACUUAUACCAAUGCUCCAAAAAGUGUCGAUAAAAUUAAAGAAUUUGGACAGAUAAAUUUCGAAGAUAAAGAUGAUUUUUCGGCAAGGCUAUUCAAUCGUCUGCGAAAAACCAUUCCUCCACAUCAAUUUGCACGAAUUAGCUCAAUGUUAAAGAAAAUGUGUAGUAGAAUGACUAGUUAUUCGAUGACAAAUUCACCAACAAAACUUUUUUAUGAACUUAGUUUACAACAACGCGCCGCCGCUGUUGCUAAAUGGAGUACUAGUCAAAAGGCAUCGAUUAAACAAUUUUAUAAAACUAUUUCUUUUCUGGCUCGCUCUGCCUUCUGGUUAAAUCCUUAUAACCUCUAUCCGGCAAUCGGUUAUCCAGGACCUGAUCCUGAAAUAAAUGGACCAAGAUUUAAAGGACGUACGUUCCCAGAAUAUGAAUUUAUUAAAAUUACGGAAGAUACAAAAGAUUUGGAAUUUGAUGUUGUUAUUGUCGGUUCUGGAGCAGGUGGAAGUGUGGCUGCUGCACGUAAUUCAGUGCUUGUUAUCGAAAAAGGCCAUCACUAUCAUCAAAGUGAAUUGACCUUGAAAGAGAAAGAUAGUUAUGAAACAUUAUAUGAACUUGGAGGUGGGAUGCUUUCGGAAGAUAGUAGUUUUGGAUUGAAUCAUUUUAUGGAUGAUGAUUUUGUCGAUUUCAUAAAAACCAUCAAAAAUCGAUUAGGUGUCAGUAGUAGCAAUGUCAUCCACAACGAAAGCAAUAAAAUUCUUAUUGAGGGUUGCAAAAAACUUGGUGCACCUGUUUCCACUAUUCCACAAAAUUCUGCAUCUAAACUACAUGAAUGUGAUGCUAAGGAUUAUGGUGUUAAAUUUAUACAAGAUUGUUUUGUUGAAAGAAUUAUCAUUGAAAAUAAUAAGGUUGUUGGUGUUGAAGCCACGGUCAACAAUGGAGGGAAUAAAUUUAAAGUUAAUGCUAAGAAAGUUAUUGUUGCAUGCGGUGCUCUCCAUAGCCCUGCUUUGCUUUUGCGAAGUGGACUUAAGAACAAGAAUAUUGGCAAGAAUUUAUUCACUAAUCCUACUGCUGCCGUCUACGGUAUAUUCCCUAACAAAGAUAUUAACAUUUACUCUGGAACUAUCCAAAGUGCGGUAUGUGACGCCAAAGAAAAUGUCGACGGAGAAAACUAUGGCGUAAAAAUAGUCGUUGGAUCUUAUCAUCCUGCCAUGAUGUCUACAAAUUCGGGUCAAAUCAAAGUUGACUCCAAAGGUCUUCCGAAGUUAGACUAUAAAUUAAGUCCACAUGAUGCUGAAAGUAUCAUCGCCGGAAUAUUGACAAGUCUCAAAAUUCUUGUUGCAGCUGGAGCAACUAAAAUUGGAACUUGUCAAGCUGAGGUAGAAGAAUUUGUGGUUCCAGGUGAAAACCCAUUGAAUGAUCCUAAGUUUUUACAAUACCUUGAGAAAGUUAAGAAAGUUGGGGUUUCUAAUGGACAAGCUUGCCUUGGAAAAUCGUGGGAUGUAAAAAGUCUUCACGUUGCAGACUCUAGUGUAUUUCCUACCUCGACUGGUGCUAGUCCAAUGAUAACAACAAUGAGCAUAGGGUUUUAUGUUGCAAAUUGUAUUCUUGCUGAAAAAGAAUUUGUCAAGAAGAGACAAAGUUCAAUAUUCGGUACAAAUCCAAAUGGUACAAUUACCGAUGCUGAUAAGAA